GUUGUUACCAACACGUUCAAACUGGAAGAACGAGAAGGUUAUACAAGACGCAAAAUCCUGGAGAGUAGGAAGUUGCAGCCGUGGGUCAUAUAGCUAUAGGAUUUACGCAGUGAAAUGUCUUCAUCAUGCGACGCGCUCCUCAAAGCACUCAAAUCUUGUCUAUUACAAUCUGACUGCGUUCUCAAGGAUGGUCGACUGCCGUCCGAGUGCCUCAGAGAACACAUAGACGAACUUCCAGAACAAUGCCAGUCGCUGCGUAAAGCAACUUUUGAAUGUAAGCGCAAUAUGCUGGAUAUGCGGAAACGAUUUAGGGGGAAUACAGUAGGAUUAGAUGCAGCCAAACUACGAGAUCAUCCAACAGCAUCUCCACCACCACCAACUACCGAAUAAAUUGUCUUAUCGAAAGGUUAAUUGCUGGUCUCCAGUAGGCAGUGGUAGCGAAGAGUGCGAUGAUUUAUCGUGCUCAGCACAAGUGUACACUUUCUUUCGAAUUUCAAGGGUGACUCUAGCUUGCUGUCGACCUAUUGUCAGUCAUCGGUCCAACUUGAAUUAUCUGCGGCUGAAUUUUUGCUAAAUCUCCAUUCUAUGAUAAUGAGUCAGCCAUGUGUUUCAUGAUCAGUGUACAUUGCUUGCAAAGCAAUACGCAAUCCCGAAGCCAAGAUACAAACACAGAACCUCACCGAUACAAUCAGAAGGUGCUGACAGAAUUGCCAGUGUCAGUGUGAAGGUUAUGACGUUUAUAGCCGUGGUUAUUUAAAGGGGCAAGAAACGUACCGUGAAGUCAUAUCAUCAUCAUCCUCCUCUUCACUAGGUAUUCACACAUCCCUUUAUCCCAUUAGCAUCAACAAGAAUGUCCGCUUCAUCCAAGCCGUUUGUCUUGUACACCGGGCCUACUCCCAAUGGACACAAAGUAUCAGUUCUUUUGGAGGAGCUUAAGGCUGUCUACGGCAAUGCUGUCGACUACGAAGUCUUUAGGAUCGAUAUUUCAACAAACGUGCAGAAAGAACCUUGGUUUAUAAAACUCAACCCUAACGGUCGUAUCCCUGUCCUCACCGACAAGUCGCGAAACAACUUCAAUGUAUUCGAGACUGCUGCUAUAUUGCUCUACCUCGAGCAUCAUUAUGAUAAGGAAAAACGCUUCACUUUUGAAGACCCUGAUGAAUUAAGCGAGCAACUGCAAUGGAUGUUCUUUGCUCAUGGUGGAGUAGGACCCAUGCAGGGCCAAUCCAACCACUUCCAAAGGGCAGCACCCGAAGACAUUCCCUACGCGAAAAACCGGUAUGUCGAGGAGACCAAGCGUCUCUACGGUGUGCUUGAGAUUCGUCUGAGUGGAAGAGAUUAUCUCGUUGGCUCUGGAAAGGGCAAAUACAGUGUCGCGGAUAUUAACGUGCUUCCUUGGGUCAGAAUCCAUAAGUAUGCUGCUAUUGAGAGCUUGGAUGAGUGGCCCAACGUGAAGGCCUGGGUCGCCCGCGCACUGGAGAGACCUACAUUCCAAGCAGGCAUCGCAGUUCCUUGAUCAGAAGAACAGUUGUUCGUUAUAACUGUACUUAGUAAACAAUUUUGCAAUGUAUUAUGAAAUAUGAUAGCCCCAG